GCUAAUCAAGAUUCAUGCGCCGACUAUAAAGCAGCAGCAGUCAGCUGCUACGACUUUAUCUCCCAGCCGGCUGACAAGAGCGUCCCUUCUGACAAGUGCUGCUCAGGCCUCAGGGACUACAAGAACAAGGACCUGAAAAACGCCUGUUCCUGCUCUCGCACUUUCAUGUCUCAGCUUGACAAACCCCACGUCGACAAACUUGAACAGCAGUGCACCCUAAACAUGGAAACCGCCUGCAAAGGCGUUUAACUCUCCAUCAUCAUAUCAUAUAUAUUGCACCAUACCAAUGCUCAUCAUCAACUCGAUCGGUCCAUCCCCUUCAUCAUCACCUUGAUCAACCAAGCAG